UAGUGGUUUAAAAAUCUCAGGGUGAUUAACGGCGAGUUUCCCAGAAAACCAUGGCUCCAAUGACAAAUGCUGAAAGACAAAAAAGAUAUAGAGAACGGUUAAAACAAAAUCCUGCAAAAUAUGAAGAGUUACGGCUGAAACAUUUAGACAGAGUAAAGAAAUCAAAAAAUAAUGGAAUAAAAUGUCAAAACGAACAGCAAAAAGAAAUAACUAGAGAGAAAUGGAGACGAUAUUCUGCACGUUAUUAUGCUAAAAACAAUAAAAAGACCAAUCGUGAGCAGGGUUCGGAUGAAGAUGUACAAGCUACAAAUGUGGACAUUGAGAAUUGUGAAAAUAAGAAGUGGAGAUCGAGAAAUGCACAGUUAAAGAAAGAACUAAGGUUAUGCAGGGAAAAAUUACACCUUUCAUUUAAAAGACAUGAAACCAUGAGGAAACAAAUAUAUCGGCUCAAGCAACAAAUACUUAAAAUCAAACAAGAUGGACUAACUGAAGAGAAUAUUUCAUCACCCACUCCAUCUGAUUUUGAUAUUCUUUCGGAAUCCUUGGGAUUGGUCUACAAAGAGUCUACGCGAAAAGAGAAACAAGUGUUAAAAAAAGUUAUGAAGAGUUCAAUAACUUCAAAACACAGAAUGACAGCAAAAAUAACAAAGGCUGUUGGAAUAAAGGGAAAAAUUCGAUCAAAUUGUGGAAAAUCUGCAAAGAGGAAGCUACUCAUUUGUGAAAUUCAUAAAUUCUAUUUGCGUGAUGAUAUAAGCCAAGCAACAGCCGGUAAAAAAGAAUGCAAAACUAAAAAUAAAACCAAAAUGCAGAUACGAUUGUUAACAGACACAAUCUACAAUUUGUAUAAAAUUUAUAAAAGAGAUGGAGGCAAAGCUUCAUAUUCCACUUUAAGUCGACAUCGCCCAUUUUAUGUGAUACCUCCAAAACUGCAAAAUCGUGAUACUUGUGCUUGCAUUCGUCAUAGCAACAUUAAAUUUAAGAUAUUAAAGUUAUACAAACUUGGAUUGAUAAAAACUAAACAAACGGAAGAGCUGUUGAUACAAAUUGCAUGUAGCUUGAAAUCUAAAGAAUGUAUGUAUGGUCAAUGCAAAUCUUGUGCUACAAAAAAAAUCGAGAUUUUGGGCUUGUCAGAUGAUACUGAAAUUUCUUGGUUAGAGUGGCGUGUGAAAAAAAUUCCAUACAGAAAGAAAACCCAAGAAGGUACAGAAAUUGAGGUUUCGACACAAAAAUGUCUUAAAGAAGUGGUUACUGAUAAGUUGAGUGCCUUCAAAAUAAAAUUUCACCAGGAGAUAACGUUGUUUAAAAAACACAUUUUCAACAUGACUCACCAACAAAAAUCGUUUCGGCAAUGUGUUGACGAAGUAAAAGAAAAUGAAGCAGUAAUCAUUGUAGAUUUUUCAGAAAAUUAUCAGUGCAAAUACAAUCAAGAAGUUCAAAGUAUGCAUUUUGGAUCAUCCCGACAGCAAAUUACUUUGCACACAGGUGUUGCAUACUUUUACAACGAAAAACCAGAAGCAUUUUCUUCUAUUUCUCCAAAUAAUGAACAUAGUCCACUCAGUAUUUGGGCUCACUUACAACCGGUGUUAAACAAUAUUAAGUAUCAGCACCCAGAGAUAGACACAUUACAUGUAUUUUCUGAUGGCCCAACAACCCAAUACCGCCAAAAGCUUAAUUUUGCUUUGUUUGACAGAUUAACUAAACAGAUUGGUUUCCAAAAUUCCACAUGGUCAUACUUUGAAGCUUCACAUGGAAAAAAUUCUGCAGAUGGCGUAGGUGGUGCAUUGAAGAGAACUCUUGAUAUGUGUGUCGCGUACGGGACCGAUAUUUCUACCGCAACUAUGGCAUUUAAGGUAUUAAAACAAAAAACAACUGUAACGCUAUUUUAUAUUGAUGAAAAAGAUAUACAGCAAAUUAAAAAUAAUAAUAAUUUUGUCAACUUGUGCCCACUAGUAGGAACUCUAUCCGUUCAUCAGAUUAUAACAACAACAGAAUCCGGUAAAAUAAGAUACAGACAAAUAAGCUGUUUUUGUGGAGAAAAACGAGGUAGUUGCUCAUGUUUUGACAUUAAAGAGCACAAUCUUCUCAAAAAGGAUAAAACUACAAAAAAUGCAAUGAAGACUUCUGUUGCUGUCAAAUCAAAAAUUUUAAACAGACAAAUCAAUAAAGAACUUGACCCUUUGACUGCUAAAGCGGGUCCAUCGUAUACACUGAAAAACAAUGAUGCCUUCAUUAAAAAUACAAAUAAUGGAAAAAAUAAAUCAAAAUUAGAAUCUGUAUUAGUCAUAUCAAAACCUGAUAUACAAAAAACUGUGGCCGUUAAAUCAAAAGGGUUAAAAAGACAAAGCACAAACGAUACCGAUGCUAUGACUAUUAAAGCAGGUCCAUCAAAGAUACUGAAAAAGAAUACCUCAACCAAAAAUAAAAUCACUCCGAAAAAUAAUAAAGAAUCGGAACCAGUACCAGUCAGCUCUAAAUGUAUCGAGCAAGAUACUGUUGCCAUCAAAUCAAAGGUAUUGAAAAGGAAAUGUGAUGAAGAUUCUGAUACAGUUACUGUUAAGGCGAUUCAAUCAAAUGUGCCGGAGAAAACUAAAAAUAAAUUAAACUUAGCAUCAGUCAAAUCAAAAACCAGUAAAACACAAAGUGUUAAGAAAACCAAAGCUAAAAGUAGUAAAACGACAUUUUUUGAUACGUCGUCUUCCGAAACUGAACAUGAAAUUAAUUACGCGGAAAGUGGAGACAGUCCUAUUAUUACUAAUGAAAGUAGCUCUGAUUUAGAAACACAAUCGAAUGUAAAACAGAACUAUAACAAAAAAGUCACCAUCUUGUCUAAUGUAAAAUUGAGUGCUAACAAUCGUCGUUACUUUAAUUUCAAUAAUCCAGGACCUUCGGCAUUGCAUCGAAUUGACACCAAUUAUGAUUUAUAUAAUGCAAACAGCACUAGCAAUGCUGAUGUUUCAUGUGACGAAGAAGAGUAUAACAUUUUUGAUAUGUAGGUUGUUGCGUAAAGUCGAUUUGUUUUUAUGUUAAGAAAAACAAUAAUGUUGCAGUUGAAUUCAAAAUGUUUUUGCUUUUAUUUUUCUAAGUUUUAUUUUAGAUUGUUUAGUUUGAGAAGUAAU